AUGGCUAAUCAAUCUACUCCAACAGAGUUCCUUCUGAUGGGAUUCUCUGAUGAGCAUGAUGUACAGAUUUUGCAUUCUGUGAUGUUUCUCUUCAUUUACAUAACAGCCUUAGUGGGAAAUGUUCUCAUCAUUACAGCUGUGGCCCUAGACCACCACCUUCACAGCCCCAUGUACUUCUUUUUGAUCAACCUCGCAGUAUUAGGUGUUUGCUACAUCUCUACUACUGUUCCCAAGACCAUAGCCAUUUCUUUGACAAACAACAAAGUGAUUUCUUUUGCCGGAUGUGUCACACAAGUCUUCUUAGUUAUCAUGUUUGUUGGUGCUGAGCUUGCCUUGCUCACUGUCAUGGCUUAUGACCGUUACGUAGCAAUCUGCCAUCCUCUACAGUACCGACUAAUCAUGAACUGGGAUGCCUGCAUCCAAAUGGCAGCUGUUUCCUGGAUAAGCACUGUGAUUCAUGAAGUCCUGGAAAUCACUAUCACAUUUAAACUGGGCUUCUGUGGAACCAAUAUGAUUGGGCAGUUUUUCUGUGAUGUGCCACAGUUACAAAAGAUUUCUUGUAGUGAUACAAAAGUUAAUGAAGUUGCCCAUUUUGACUGUCUUUUCUAUUUUAUCAUCGCAGCUAUGUUUACACAUCUGAGGCCUAAUGGAUCUUCCUCUCGAACCAUGGACUUUCUGUCAACUCUUUUGUACAGUUUUGCUUCCUAUCCUCAGACCCAUCAUUUAUAG